GUAUUUUUUCAAAAAUUAUAGUACCUAAACUAAGCAGAAAACCGAAUUACCUACAUAAGCUAUGGUAAUUUCAAAGCCAUGAAAGGAAACGUAAUUUUUAUUUUAAAGCUUACACUAUUAGAUUUAAUGUUUUGUGUGGAAAAAUCAUCGGCAUUGCUUUGUUACAAUUGUUCGUCGACUCACCGCAGCGGGAUAGUAUGCGGCGGGGAAUUUGCCAAGUCUUCGCUGGUGUUCAACAGCAGUCGUCAUUAUCUGCUUAAUUGUUCUGGAGAUACUGCAAUGUGUUUCGUCAGAUCUUGGAAUGCUCGCGCUAAGCAUGCAUGGAUUGUACAACGGGGUUGCUAUCAACUCGAUAGCACAGACCCCUUUCUGAGUUCUAUGGAAACAGCGACUAGAGCGAUGACUUGUAAAUCAGAACGGCUCGUCGAUGCUGAAUACAAAGUAUGCCUCUGCGGGGCCAACUGGUGUAAUACGACAUCCCUAUCAUGGAAUUCGUCACAGUACCUACAAGUUGUAAAAAGUAUUAUACACAUUUUAAGCAUAUAUUUGCUUUCGUAGCUGACACAACAUUCAAGGAAACUAGUGAAAUGUGCGUCAUUCAUGAUUUCCUAUGAGUUGUGGGGAUUGCAAU